AUGGAUUACACACCAAUUAAUGAAAUAUCCUAUUCGGAACAAUAUGAAGAUGAUGAUUAUGAAUAUAGGCAUGCAAUACUAAGAACGCCAAGACUACUCAUACAUGUCCCGAGAGAUAGGCUGAUGGAGGAAAAUGAAUGGCGUUCGCUUGGCAUCAUAAUAGAAGGUCAUGGAUGGGAACAUUAUAUGAUCCAUCGCCAUGAACGAAAUGCAAGUUUCUUUUAA